GCCAUGUACGGCCACGGCGCCGGUGCCUCCUCUGGCGGUGCCUACAAUGGAGACCGCUCCUCAGGUGACCGCAACUCCGGCGGCAACGGCGGCCGCUUCCAGAAAAAGAAGAAGAACGGGGGCGUCGGUCACUACCGUGGCAACGGUGGCGAGCGUAAUCACAACGGCGGUGGCUCUUCCGGUACCCACGCUGCAGCUGGUCCGUGGAUCUGCUUCAACCCCUACACGGGCCAGGCCCAGCCGCUGCCGGUCUCCUGGCGCCCCGCUGGUGGAGCAGGCCUUCUUGGACCGCGGCCUGCUGCACCCCAGCGCCCGUACGUACCUGCCCAACAGCAGUUUGCGUACGCGCCGCCCCAGCAGCAAGCGUAUACUACGCUGCUCGCUCCACUCCAUGGGCAGGCGUACGGCACUGACCCACCGCCACCGGGUACACCCUCCAGCCACGGCGCUCCAGCUUGGGACUGCUCGGCGCUCAUGGCUGCCCUAAAUAAUGCUGCUGCAUCAUCUUCAUCCGCUGGUGAAUGGAUCAUGGACUCGGGAGCCACCUCCCAUAUGGUUUCCAACCCUGGAUCUUCGAACCAGGCGCGAGAUCACACGCUGCAAUAGUCCCGGUCCUCUCUACACCGUCUCCGCCGCCGCCAACCCGUCAUCUACUUUUGGACUCCUCGCAUCAUCCGACUCCACCGAGCUAUGGC